GGCCCGACAUUAACGUGGAACGAGGAGAUUCACUGGAUUUGAUGACUCGUCGGCUAUUUCUCCUCCUCCUCGCCGUCACGGUGGAGUUGGGCUUGACGGGAACAACCGUCGUAGCAUUCGGCGUGAACUGGGGAACGGAAGCGUCGCAUCCUCUUCCGCCUUCAAAGGUUGUAGAGCUGCUGAAAUCCAACGGCAUUGCCAAAGUGAAGCUCUUCGAUGCCGACCCAAAAGUUCUCCGAGCUCUCUCUGGUUCUAACAUCGGGGUCACUGUCGGAAUCCAAAAUUCGAUGCUCAAGAGCUUGAAUGCAUCCGUAAAGGUAGCAGAGAGCUGGGUCCAUGACAAUGUCACUCGUUACUUCAACGGCGGAAACAGAGUUCGAAUCGAGUACGUAGCAGUUGGAGAUGAGCCAUUUCUCCAGAGCUAUGGCAAUCAGUAUAGGCCUUUUGUCAUUGGAGCAGCUCUGAACAUCCAAAAUGCUUUAGCAAAGGCGAGCUUGGCUAAUGACGUAAAGGUUGUAGUCCCCUCAAGCUUUGACUCAUUUCUUUCUGAAUCCGGUCGACCUUCUUCAGGACACUUCAGGGCUGACCUCAACAAGACGAUGAUCGAACUCCUCUCCUUUCUCACAAAGCAUCACUCUCCAUUCUUUGUCACAAUCUCUCCUUUUCUAAGCUUUCACCAGAACAAGAACAUCUCCCUCGACUUUAGCCUCUUCAAACAAACAGCACAGGCUCACAAAGACGGGCGUAAAACCUACAGAAACAGCUUUGAUCUGAGCUAUGACACACUUGUCUCUGCAUUGUCUACAAUUGGGUUCUCAGAGGUGGAUAUCGUCGUGUCAAAGAUCGGUUGGCCUACAGAUGGAGUAGCAAAUGCCACAUCACCGACUGCUGAGGUGUUCUUCAAAGGACUGAUGGGUCACGUGGAGAAAAAGACGGGUUCUCUCCUGCGCCCUCCUGUUGAAACCUACAUUGAAAGCCUCUUGGACGAAGAUCAGAGAAACUUAUCUUCUGGGAACUUUGAGAGGCAUUGGGGAGUGUUCACAUUCGAUGGUCAAGCCAAAUACAGUUUCAAUUUCAGCCAUAACCCGAAGAAAGUGGGAAACGCGCAGAAUGUUCAGUACCUUCCUCCUAAGUGGUGUGUGGUGAACAAUAACAAGGACUUGUCAAACGCGUCAGCAAGAGCAUUAGAAGCUUGUGCUGUCGCGGACUGCACAUCGAUACUUCCUGGUGGGUCGUGUUCCGGCAUCAGAUGGCCAGGCAACGUGUCAUACGCGUUCAAUAGCUUGUAUCAGCAAAAUGAUCACAGUGCAGAGAGCUGCAACUUUGGUGGACUUGGUUUGAUCACUACCGUUGAUCCUUCUGAGGAUAAUUGCAGGUUCUCGAUUCAACUUGACACUUCUCAUUCAUCUUCUCAAAUUCCUAGUUUCUUUCAGAGCUGGCCUCUCCUCUUAUUGUUCCUUGUCAUGGCUGGGAUGUACAAUCAAGACGGCGGCGGAGGUGCGCCUAUCCCGUCGUACGGUGGUGAUGGAUACGGCGGAGGUGGAGGUUAUGGAGGCGGUGAUGCUGGAUAUGGAGGACGUGGUGCCUCUGGCGGAGGCGGUUACGGCGGACGCGGUGGUUAUGGCGGUGGCGGUGGUAGUGGUAGAGGAAAUCGAGGUGGUGGAGGUGGUGGAUAUCAAGGAGGUGAUCGCGGUGGAAGAGGAAGUGGUGGCGGCGGCAGAGAUGGAGAUUGGCGUUGUCCCAACCCUAGUUGUGGGAACGUGAACUUUGCAAGGAGAGUUGAAUGUAACAAGUGUGGUGCACCUGCUCCUUCUGGUACUGGUGCUGGUUCUGGUGCUGGAGAUCGUGGCAGUAGUGGAUAUAGCCGAGGUGGAGGUGCCAGUGAUCGUGGGGGUGGUCGUGGAGGUAGAAACGAUAGUGGUAGGAGCUAUGAGAGUAGUAGAUAUGAUGGUGGAAGUAGGAGUGGUGGUAGCUAUGGUAGUGGUAGUCAACAGAGGGAAAAUGGUUCGUAUGGUCAGGCUCCUCCUCCUGCAGCUAUUCCAUCCUACGAUGGUUCUGGAAGUUAUCCUCCACCCUCUGGUUAUGGAAUGGAAGCUGUGCCUCCGCCUCCAAGCUAUUCUGGUGGCCCCCCGUCAUAUGGUGCUCCAAGAGGAGGUUAUGGCGGUGAUGCACCAAGCACUGGUGGUCGGGGUAGUAGGAGUGGCGGCUAUGAUGGGGGUAGUGCUCCUCGACGGCAGGAAGCUAGUUAUGAAGAUGCAGGCACUGAAGUCAAGCAGUGCGAUGCGGAUUGUGAUGAUACUUGUGAUAAUGCUAGAAUAUACAUCUCUAAUUUACCUCUGGAUGUGACUACUGAUGAACUCAAGGAUCUCUUUGGUGGCAUUGGCCAAGUUGGAAGAAUUAAGCAAAAGCGGGGUUACAAAGAUCAGUGGCCCUAUAAUAUUAAGAUUUACACUGAUGAGAAGGGUAACAAUAAAGGUGACGCCUGUCUGGCCUAUGAAGAUCCUAGCGCUGCACACUCUGCAGGCGGCUUUUUCAACAAUUACGAAAUGAGGGGGAAUAAAAUUAGUGUAACGAUGGCAGCGAAGUCUGCGCCCCGUGCUCCUACCUUUGACCAGAGGUAGAUCUUUUAUCAGCACUUUACAUCUUUUUGUUACCAUUUAGCUGUCACCACUACUCCAUCUUAUAGGUUUCUGUACUCUAGUUAUUUUAGGCUUUUAGCUGUAUAAUUUUGGUGAGGGAAUGAGUUUGUGCUAUGCUAAGUUUGUAGAGACUGUAUGGGACUUGUUUCCUACUGGGGAUCUGCUUUGUACACUCAUCUAUGACAGAAAGGGUAGGAAAGUUUGUUAUGUCAUGAAAUUAUGCCUUAGGUCUAUGUUCAUGCCAUAGGAAUUAAUUCUAUGUAGCUAAACAUAUCUUCUAUCAUUUAGCUGUGGCUUCUUUUGAUUGUGAAGAGUAAUUUUUUUGUCCAUGCUUCUUAUAAGCUCCUAGUAAUUCCCCAUAUAAGUUGCAUUAUUAGCUGGUUUUUCAUGCUUUUUAAGACUCGCCUUUGUUAUGUUUGAGUCACUUCAUCUUCAGUAGUAAGCUGGUUUUAAUUAGAUGGUCUGAGUCUGAUGUAAUAAUGUGGUCUUUGUAAA